AUGGCUAAACAAAUUAUUUGUCCUAAAUGUGGAUAUAUAUUCGCUAAAGGUGCAAAACAAAGGGAUCUUACUAAACACCUUAAACGAAAAAAUCCUUCUGAAAAUGAAUUUAAACGCCUAAGUAAUAUUACAGGAGAUUAUGAAAAAAAUUUAAUAUUUCGUGAACAACAAUUAGGUCCAGCACUAAAAAGACGAGUAAUAGCAGUUUACAAUGCUAAAGUUCAUACUUUUCAUCCAGAUAAUGGAAGUGAUAUAAGAAGAAUGUUAGAGAGUCAAAGAAAAAAUUUCGAGAAUUACUUGAAAAAGAAUUUGACAAACGAGGCCAAUUCAAAUUCGCAUUAUGUUCACUUACAAAAUUUCUUUUAG